AUGGUCGUCGAUACCACGUACUACGAUGCCCUUGGGGUCCCGCCCACCGCAACAGAGAUUGAAAUCAAGAAAGCAUACCGAAAACUUGCUAUUCAACUCCAUCCUGAUAAAAACCCUGAUGACCCAACCGCACACCAAAAAUUCCAGACAGUAGGCGAAGCAUACCAGGUCCUCAGCGAUCCCGAACUCCGAAAACAAUAUGACAAGCUGGGCAAGGAGGGCGCGAAGCCCGACUCGGGCUUUGAAGACCCGUCCGAGUUCUUCGCCAUGAUCUUCGGUGGGGAGGCCUUUCAAGAUUGGAUCGGCGAGAUAUCGAUGAUGAAGGAUCUCACCAAGAGCAUGGAAAUCUCCACGCGCGAGAUGGAAGAGGAGAAUCAGAUGCAUGCAGAAGCCACCACGGCCCCUGAGACCGCGGGAGCGCAACAGACCUCACAUACCACCACUGCCGGCGUCCCGCAGCCCCAGGCAGAGACUGUGCCAGAUCAAUCCACCACCGCCGGCGCCACUAUGGAGAUCCCCAUCCGCGACUCAAAACCGGGCUCGGGUGCAUCGACCCCCAGGCCUCAAGGCAUCCCGACACGCCUCGCCAUCACCGACAAGACCGAGGAGGAAGCGGCUCAAACGGCUGCCGGUAUGACGGAGGAGGAGAAGAGACUGCAAGAGAAGAAGAAGCGCGGUGGUCUCACGAAAGAGCAACGGGAAGAGCUGGCGGCUUUCGAGAUGGAACGGCGGCGUAUUCGCGAGGAACGCGUCACCUCGCUGUCAUCAAAACUCGUGGAUCGCAUCAGCGUUUGGACCGAAACGGACAAGGGUCCCGACGUCACCCACGCCUUCCGCGAGAAGAUGCGCCUCGAAGUCGAGAAUCUCAAAAUGGAGUCCUUUGGCAUCGAGAUCCUGCACGCCAUCGGCCAUACGUACGUCUCCAAGGCCACCACCUUCCUCAAAUCCCAGAAGCCCAUCAUUGGUGGCGUAUCCGGCUUUUUCAGCCGACUAAAGGACAAGGGCUCGAUGGUGAAGGACACCUGGGGUACGGUGUCCACGGCCAUUCAAGCGCAGAUGGAGAUCGAAGAGAUGGCGCGCGCGGAGGAGAAGGGUGGUGACGAGUGGACGGACGAGCGCAAGGCGGAGUAUGAGAAGCGGGUCACCGGUAAGAUUCUGGCUGCCGCAUGGCGCGGGAGCAAAUUCGAGAUCCAGAGUGUGCUGCGAGACGUGUGUGACAAUGUGCUGUACGACAAGAAAGUGAAGUUGGACAAGAGAGCGGAGAGGGCGCAAGCGUUGGUCAUUGUGGGCGAGAUCUUUGCAAAGGCGCAAAGAGACCCGGACGAAGAGGGAGACUACAUGGCAUUCGAGCAGCUCAUGGCCGAAGCAACCGCAAAGCGGGAGAAGAAGGAGGAAAAGAAGAAGGAGAAGCCCGCGCAUCGACACAUGUUUCAUCAUCGAGACGAAAAGGCAGAUGGGACGACGACCCCCACUCCGGCAACCUAG